AACAGUGGCGCUCUAGAACCCUAAAACGCCGCGGUUCUCUUCAACAUAUUUGUUCCGCUCCCUCUCGUCUUAAUUCUCUUUUCGGUGCCUGUCAACUCGUCUUCUUCCAUCUUCUCUUUUUUCGACCGUCAUGAGAACCGCUCUCCUCCGAUCCGUGGAAACCGCGCUUAGAAGAGGUUCUUCCUCUUCCCAUUUUCUGCUCAGACCUUUCUCCUCGGGCUCUUUACCCGAUCGAAAGGUCGCCAUUCUUGGCGCAGCCGGCGGCAUCGGCCAGCCCCUCUCUCUUCUCUUGAAGCUGAAUCCCCUCGUUUCCAGUCUCUCCCUCUACGAUAUCGCCGGUACUCCUGGUGUCGCCGCUGAUGUCAGCCACAUCAACACUCGGGCCGAGGUGGCGGGAUACGCGGGAGAGGAUCAGCUCGGGAAAGCCUUGGAGGGAUCAGACGUCGUUAUAAUACCCGCUGGAGUCCCAAGGAAGCCGGGUAUGACUCGUGAUGAUCUCUUCAACAUUAACGCGGGGAUCGUGAAAUCUCUUGCCACCGCCAUCGCUAAGUACUGCCCAAAUGCACUUGUUAAUAUGAUUAGCAACCCGGUGAACUCAACGGUGCCCAUCGCUGCGGAGGUGUUUAAGAAGGCAGGUACCUAUGAUGAGAAGAAGCUUUUUGGUGUUACCACUCUUGAUGUUCUCCGGGCAAAGACCUUCUAUGCUGCCAAGGCUAAGGUUCCAGUUGAGGAGGUUAAUGUGCCUGUAGUUGGUGGGCACGCGGGUAUUACCAUCCUGCCUCUCUUUUCACAGGCAACUCCGGCAAGCAAUUCCUUGUCACACGAAGAUAUUAAGGCUCUUACAAAAAGAACCCAGGAUGGAGGAACUGAGGUGGUGGAAGCAAAGGCAGGGAAAGGCUCUGCAACCCUGUCUAUGGCUUAUGCAGGUGCCAUUUUUGCUGAAGCGUGCCUAAAGGGCCUGAAUGGGGUUCCAGAUAUUAUAGAAUGUUCUUUUGUCCAAUCAAAUAUUACGGAGCUACCUUUCUUUGCGUCAAAGGUAAGGCUGGGAAAGAAUGGCGUUGAAGAAGUGCUUGGAUUGGGCCCUCUCUCUGAUUUUGAGAAGCAAGGCUUGGAGAGUCUCAAGUCCGAGCUCAAGUCCUCCAUUGAGAAAGGGAUCAAAUUCGCCAAUGAGAAUUAAUGAAAGCCAACAUUUGGUUUACUUUACUCACUACAGAAUUAAUUUAUGCAAUUUUGCACAUUGUUUGGUUUAUUCCAAAUGUUUUACAGUUUAAUGCAUUUUAUCUUGGAGAGUGGCUCUAAGGAGGAUUGUAUCGAAGCAAUAAUCGGAAUGCUUUCUAAUGAUGUUAAGACCACCAGGUUUGUGCUUAUGCCAUGAAAUAACCCACUUUAUAUUAUUGCUUGAAUAAAAAUAAGCCUAACUUUUUUAAUGUGCAAA